GCAAUUCAUAUGGGUACAAGUACUGUUAAAUGGUAAAAAAAGGCGCGGACGCGGGGGAGUAAUAAUGAAUAACGUAAGUACGGAUUAUUUAUGGGAGUUUUCAGUAAUCACAAUUGAAAAUGGAUCUGCGAAUGCGAGCAGUGAAAAUGACGAAUACAUUUUCCUCACGGCACUCACCACCGCCAACGACUGCUGCGUCACGCAGCCCAACUUUGUGGCAUAUAUGGACGCCCUGUCCAACGACAGCCUGGGACUCCUCGUCUUCCUGCUCCUCUUCUCUGUCACCACAGUGUUCGGCAACACCCUCGUGAUCCUGGCUGUAAUCCGGGAGCGCUAUCUCCAUACGGCCACAAAUUACUUCGUCACGAGUCUAGCUGUUGCAGACUGCCUCGUAGGUCUGGUGGUAAUGCCCUUUUCGGCCCUCUAUGAGGUCCUGGAGAACACAUGGUUCUUCGGUACGGACUGGUGUGAUAUCUGGCGUUCGCUCGAUGUACUAUUUAGCACAGCAUCCAUUCUUAAUCUCUGUGUGAUCAGUUUGGACCGCUACUGGGCCAUCACGGACCCCUUCACCUACCCCAUGCGAAUGAGUCGGAGACGAGCAGCCGCUCUCAUUGCAGUGGUAUGGGUAUGUUCCUGUGCCAUCAGUUUUCCCGCUAUCGUAUGGUGGCGAGCUGCUCGUGAGGGCGAUAUGCCACCCUUCAAGUGCACCUUUACCGAACACCUCGGCUACCUCGUCUUCUCUUCCACAAUCUCCUUCUACCUGCCUCUGCUCGUCAUGGUUUUCACCUAUUGCCGCAUCUAUCGUGCCGCCGUGGUGCAGACGCGCUCCCUCAAGCUGGGCACAAAACAGGUCCUAAUGGCCUCCGGAAAGCUUCAGCUCACCCUCCGUAUCCAUCGUGGCGGCACAACACGUGAGGGCCUCAACAUGCAUGCCGCAUCCACGGCCACUUCCACACCCGAGGACCCCGAAGAAGAACCUCUCUCGGCUCUUCAUAACAACGGCAUUGCUCGCCAUCGGCAGAUGGGCAAAAACUUCUCCCUAUCACGCAAACUAGCCAAGUUUGCCAAGGAGAAGAAAGCCGCCAAGACGUUGGGCAUCGUGAUGGGUGUCUUCAUCGUAUGCUGGCUCCCCUUCUUUGUCGUCAAUCUCCUCUCGGGCUUCUGUAUACAAUGCAUAGCCCACGAAGAGAUUGUAUCGGCUGUCGUUACAUGGCUCGGCUGGAUCAAUUCCAGCAUGAAUCCCGUCAUCUAUGCAUGCUGGAGUCGAGAUUUCAGAAGAGCAUUCCUUCGGAUACUAUGUGUGUGCUGUCCUCGGAAACUUCGGCGGAAAUACCAACCGAAAAUGAAAUCAAAAUCUCUGAGAACCACAACACGUCGAUGUUACUCAUCUUGUUCCUUACAUGGAAUACAACAUGUCCGUCAGAACUCUUGUGAACAAACAUACAUAUAGUUAAGUCCCCCUUGAUACACCCUUUUACCUCUCUUUAACAAAGACAAAACAAUAUUUUUCUCUGUUUUAUAUCAAAUGGAAUAUAUAUAUAUAUAUAUAUAUACAUAAUAGCUAAAAUUGUACCGACUAUCAUUGUCAUAUUUGUAAAAUGAAAAGGAGACAGGUGGGCAAGAGAUAAUGAGAGAUUUUAAUAGCAGAGCAACAGCAAUAACUCUUUACAAACUGAUUAUAAAGAGUAUUUUCUCAAUGGGGGGGGGGGGGGGGGAAUCUCUGUUUGUACAUCUCUUUUCCAGGGGGCUGAAAUAGGGCAGAUUUUAGGGGUGGGACAAUGGUGGGAGAUGGGAGAGGCUGGAAAAUGAUGGCAAGAGAUAGAAAUUGUUUGACAAAAUGGGAUUAUUUGUAUAUAAAAAGCAUUACUAAAUGUGUAUAUAAAUGUAUUAAUGUGUAUUAUAAUGUACAAGAUGAUGGGAGAAAAACAGAAAAUCUCGACUAAAA